AGUACAGGUGAUGUUGGAUCCCUCUUCCGUUUUUCUUUAAAAACAAGCGUCUGAUAAUGAUUCAUAAAGUGUGCGAUUAUAAAUUUGAUAUGCCGCGUUGGCAUUUGUUGUGUAAAUGUGGCCUUCUGAUAUUAAUCUAUUUGACACUUUUGUCGACUGGUGCGGAGAUAAACAGAAAUGACGGCCAAACAUCUGGAGGUGGAGGAGGAAGAGAGCGAUAUGCAUUCUUUGCUCUUUGGAGCUGUCAUCAGGUUCUCCGAGGUGAUAGCGGUACAUUCUUCUCCCCUGACUACCUGUGCUCCAAUCCUCCUGUCUGGUGCAACUGGACCAUUCAGACGCAGCCUGGGAAGCGUUUGGAGGUGUAUCUGGAGGACUUGAGCCCCCCGCAGGCCUGUCACCUGAAGAGCGAUCAGAUCCACCUGGAUGAGUUUCCUUCGGCUGCCGGUGAUCAGAGGAUACUGGAAAGAUGUUGGAGAAAGGCCCGAUACACAUCGGUAUCCAACACUGUCCAGGUGGUGCUCCUCAUUGAUGGGAACCAACCAGCCCCGUACAGGGGGUUCUCCGGACACUUCAAAGCUUUCGGACCAGUGGAUUCUCCUGAGCCCAUGUAUGAAGAAAUACCCUUUAAUGUGAUGGAGGAGGCGUUAGGUGGUGAUCCUAAAACGGAUGCGGUUACGGAUGCUCCGCUGGGUUUGAGAGGUGUCGAGCCAGAUAUCAAACUGUUAGGCGUGAAUGUGCAAACCACUUCCAAACCUCUGAUACUCAGUCAGUUUGGGUCCACUUCAAGGGUCAAUAAACUUUCUUUUGAGAAUAGGGAAUCAUGGGAUAAAAGUCCUGAAUCUCCUAGUUCCACCAAUUCGUCUCCUCACGUUCUCGCCUCUGGUUACCAUAGUAACGUCGCAUUCACCGACGAUGGGUAUUACGACUACACUUCCGUUGCAAUUCCGGGAGAGCAGGAGCCGCUGGCAGGUGGAUCUUCUCGCAUUCGCCCCGAAUACCAGCCUGCCUACAGAAACAUCACAGAGAUCUCCAUCAGCCCGCACUUCACACAGAAAGCCUCCAAUUCAGUUGCUCGGUCCCCUUCAGCCAUGCGCAGGAAUGUGGACGCACACGCCCGGAAAACUAAACCAGCCAGAGCCAAAGUAACAUCGGAUGCUGGGAAAGUUCACUGGGUGAGAGUGGGACAUCAAGAUGAUGUUGCCGUGGAGACGAGCGGAACAGAAAGAAGCAUCACGCCACCUGGGUUUUCGAACACGAUUGCUCCCAAACUACAUCGCAGAUCUAAAGAGAAAGCUCAAUACCAGCAGAAAAAUGCCACCACCAAUGUUCAUUUACCUGGAGAGCUCUUGUUUGAGGUGGCUGUGGAGGUCAGUCUGGAUUCUGUUCACUUUGAAAAAUCGUCUUCCCUCAGAUCUCCUCUAGAGGUCAUGAUAAAAGAUGAGGUUGGACAUCUCGCCCUAAAAAGCCUAGAUUUGAAGAGAUUGAAGAGAUUGAGUUCGGGAGUUUUGUUCAUCAUGUGGGUGGAGUUUCAGAAGACUGCUGCAGGAGUGCACACAGAUCUUCAGUCCAGUCUGCAGGGAAUAAAGGGCAAGACCGUUAAAUCCCAAACCAGCAAAAUACAGGGCAUUAUAGCUUCAGUCUCUACUGAAGACAUCAAUGAGUGUGAGACACAGAUGGUGGUGUGUAAUGCACACGCGGAGUGUGUGAAUCAGUUUGGAUCAUACACCUGUCACUGUCUCCAUGGUUACCACGAGGCUCAUCGCGGGCCGGACGGGACCGUUUGUGUCGAGUCUGCUGAUUCCGAUUGUAACUGGACAGCAUCUCCCAAGAUCCUCAAUGGCAUUUAUGUCAUCUGCAGUCUGCUCAUUUUGCUCAUCUUGUUGUUGCUGGUGGUAGCCGCUUUUCUUUACCGGCGAUAUUACAGAGGUAUUUUCCUGCCAAGCUGCCAGAAAUCCAGCAGCAGAGUGGCUGGCAACGACGAAGACAAUAAUAAUACAGAAAGUGAUGAUCGUGGUGGCGUUGACCCCAGACUUCCCCCUCCACCCCCACCUAUGAGACUGUCUAAAGAUGGGUUGCGCUCCUUGGAUCUGCCAUUAUUACGAUUCAGCCCUCUAGCGCCACCUGAUGGAUUUCGUAGUAAACAUUACACGGAGAAACACCAGUUUUGAUGGUUGCACAUUGUUACUCUCUUGUAUGAGAGUAUUUAGUUGCACUUAAAUGCGUCACUUUUCACAAAGUGUGUGACUGGUCUUGCGUGUGUGUGUGUGUGUGUGUGUGUGUGUGUGUGUGUGUGUGUGU